AUGUCCACGCCCACGGACCCUGGCACCAUGCCCCACCCGGGGCCUUCGCCAGGCCCCGGACCCUCACCUGGACCAAUCCUGGGGCCCAGCCCAGGGCCGGGCCCAUCGCCGGGUUCCGUCCACAGCAUGAUGGGACCUAGUCCAGGACCACCGAGUGUCUCUCACGCGAUGCCCACCAUGGGGUCUGGGGACUUCCCGCAGGAAGGCAUGCACCAGGUGCACAAGCCCAUUGAUGGUGUGCACGACAAGGGGAUUGUGGAAGACAUCCACUGUGGGACCUUGAAGGGGACCGGGAUGCGACCCCCACACCCAGGAAUGGGCCCUCCCCAGAGUCCCAUGGAUCAACACAGCCAAGGUUAUAUGUCUCCACAUCCGUCUCCGCUGGGAGCCCCAGAGCAUGUAUCCAGCCCCAUGUCUGGCGGAGGCCCAACGCCUCCGCAGAUGCCACCCAGCCAGUCGGGGACCCUCAUCCCAGGUGACCCGCAGGCCAUGAGCCAGCCCAGCAGAGGCCCCUCGCCUUUCAGCCCUGUCCAGCUCCACCAGCUCCGCGCUCAGAUCCUGGCAUACAAGAUGCUGGCCCGUGGCCAGCCCCUGCCAGAGACACUGCAGCUCGCUGUCCAGGGGAAAAGGACAUUGCCCGGCAUGCAGCAGCAGCCGCCGCCGCAGCCGCAGCCGCAGCCCCCGCCGCAGCCGCAGGCCCAGCAGCCAGCUCUGGUCAACUACAACAGAGUUUCCGGUCCAGCGCUGGAACAGGGCAGCAUGAUGGGCUCACAGAAGCUGUCUGCACCCACACCGAGUGGCCGGCCCUCGCCUGCGCCCCCAGCCGCCACACAGCCCCCUACGGCCGCUGUGCCCGGACCCUCUGCGCCGCCCGCAGCCCCCGGGCAGCCGUCCCCCAUCAUGCAGCUGCAGCAGAAACAGAGUCGCAUCAGCCCCAUCCAGAAGCCGCAGGGCCUGGACCCCGUGGAGAUCCUUCAGGAGCGCGAGUACAGACUCCAGGCCCGCAUAGCUCACCGCAUCCAGGAGCUGGAAAACCUGCCUGGCUCGCUGCCACCAGAUUUACGGACCAAAGCCACCGUGGAGCUGAAGGCGUUGCGCUUACUCAACUUCCAGCGUCAGCUGCGGCAGGAGGUGGUGGCCUGCAUGCGCCGGGACACCACGCUGGAGACGGCGCUCAACUCCAAGGCCUACAAGCGCAGCAAGCGGCAGACGCUGAGGGAGGCCCGCAUGACGGAGAAGCUGGAGAAGCAGCAGAAGAUCGAGCAGGAGCGCAAGCGUCGGCAGAAGCACCAGGAGUACCUCAACAGCAUCCUGCAGCACGCCAAGGACUUUAAGGAGUACCACCGCUCCGUGGCCGGCAAGAUCCAGAAGCUCUCGAAAGCCGUGGCGACGUGGCACGCGAACACAGAGAGGGAGCAGAAGAAGGAGACGGAGCGGAUCGAGAAGGAGAGGAUGCGGAGACUGAUGGCCGAAGAUGAAGAAGGCUACCGGAAGCUGAUUGAUCAGAAGAAGGACAGGCGGUUAGCUUACCUUCUGCAGCAGACCGACGAGUACGUGGCCAACCUCACCAACCUGGUGUGGGAGCACAAGCAGGCCCAGGCAGCCAAGGAGAAGAAGAAGAAGAGGAGGAAGAAGAAGAAGGCUGAGGAGAACACCGAAGGAGGGGAGUCUGCCCUGGGCCCCGACGGAGAGCCCAUCGAUGAGAGCAGCCAGAUGAGUGACCUGCCCGUCAAGGUGACCCACACAGAAACCGGAAAGGUCCUUUUCGGCCCAGAAGCUCCCAAAGCGAGCCAGCUGGAUGCCUGGCUGGAGAUGAACCCCGGCUACGAGGUGGCCCCUCGGUCGGACAGCGAGGAGAGUGACUCCGAUUACGAAGAGGAGGAUGAGGAGGAAGAAUCCAGCAGGCAGGAAAUGGAAGAGAAAAUUGUGCUGGAUCCCAACAGCGAAGACGUGUCUGAGAAGGACGCCAAACAGAUCAUCGAGACGGCCAAGCAGGACGUGGACGACGAGUACAGCAUGCAGUACAGCGCCCGGGGCUCACAGUCCUACUACACCGUGGCCCACGCCAUCUCCGAGCGCGUGGAGAAGCAGUCAGCCCUGCUCAUCAACGGCACAUUGAAGCACUACCAGCUGCAGGGCCUGGAGUGGAUGGUGUCCCUGUACAACAACAACCUGAACGGCAUCCUGGCGGACGAGAUGGGCCUGGGUAAGACCAUCCAGACCAUCGCCCUCAUCACGUACCUGAUGGAGCACAAGAGGCUCAACGGCCCCUAUCUCAUCAUCGUGCCCCUCUCGACGCUGUCUAACUGGACGUAUGAAUUCGACAAAUGGGCGCCUUCUGUGGUGAAAAUCUCCUACAAGGGCACGCCGGCCAUGCGCCGUUCGCUGGUCCCUCAGCUGCGGAGUGGCAAGUUCAACGUCCUCCUGACCACCUACGAGUACAUCAUCAAGGACAAGCACAUUCUUGCCAAGAUCCGGUGGAAGUACAUGAUUGUGGACGAGGGACACCGCAUGAAGAACCACCACUGCAAGCUGACCCAGGUCCUCAACACGCACUACGUGGCCCCCAGGAGGGUGCUUCUGACGGGGACCCCGCUGCAGAACAAACUCCCCGAGCUCUGGGCACUCCUCAACUUCCUGCUGCCCACCAUCUUCAAGAGCUGCAGCACCUUCGAGCAGUGGUUCAACGCACCGUUCGCCAUGACCGGAGAAAGGGUGGACUUGAAUGAGGAAGAAACCAUCCUGAUCAUCAGGCGUCUGCACAAGGUGCUGAGACCCUUUCUGCUGAGGAGGCUGAAGAAAGAAGUGGAAUCCCAGCUCCCUGAAAAGGUGGAGUAUGUGAUCAAGUGUGACAUGUCGGCGCUCCAGAAGAUUCUGUAUCGCCACAUGCAGGCCAAAGGAAUCCUCCUCACGGAUGGGUCUGAGAAAGAUAAGAAGGGGAAAGGAGGAGCCAAGACUCUCAUGAACACCAUUAUGCAGCUCAGAAAAAUCUGCAACCACCCUUAUAUGUUCCAGCACAUUGAGGAAUCUUUCGCCGAACACCUGGGCUAUUCCAAUGGCGUCAUCAAUGGGGCGGAGCUGUAUCGGGCCUCCGGGAAGUUCGAGCUCCUGGACCGGAUUCUGCCAAAGUUGAGAGCAACCAACCACCGCGUGCUGCUCUUCUGCCAGAUGACGUCCCUCAUGACCAUAAUGGAGGACUACUUCGCCUUCCGGAACUUUCUCUACCUGCGCCUUGACGGCACCACCAAGUCAGAAGACCGAGCUGCUCUGCUGAAGAAAUUCAACGAGCCGGGAUCCCAGUAUUUCAUUUUCCUGCUGAGCACGAGAGCCGGAGGCCUGGGAUUAAACCUUCAGGCGGCCGACACGGUGGUCAUCUUUGACAGCGACUGGAACCCACACCAGGACCUGCAGGCCCAGGACCGUGCGCACCGCAUCGGCCAGCAGAACGAGGUGCGUGUGCUCCGUCUCUGCACGGUCAACAGCGUGGAGGAGAAGAUCCUGGCCGCCGCCAAGUACAAGCUCAACGUGGACCAGAAGGUCAUCCAGGCAGGCAUGUUUGACCAGAAGUCCUCGAGCCACGAGCGGCGAGCCUUCCUGCAGGCGAUUCUGGAGCACGAGGAGGAGAACGAGGAGGAAGACGAGGUCCCGGACGACGAGACGCUGAACCAGAUGAUCGCCCGGCGGGAAGAAGAAUUCGAUCUCUUCAUGCGCAUGGACAUGGACCGGCGCCGGGAGGACGCGCGGAACCCGAAGCGCAAGCCCCGGCUGAUCGAGGAGGACGAGCUGCCCUCCUGGAUUAUCAAGGACGACGCGGAGGUGGAGCGGCUCACCUGCGAGGAGGAGGAGGAGAAGAUCUUCGGCCGAGGGUCCCGCCAGCGCCGCGACGUGGACUACAGCGACGCGCUCACCGAGAAGCAGUGGCUGCGGGCCAUCGAAGACGGCAAUUUGGAAGAAAUGGAAGAGGAAGUGCGGCUUAAGAAGCGGAAAAGACGAAGAAAUGUGGAUAAGGAUCCCGCAAAAGAGGACGUGGAAAAAGCUAAGAAGAGGCGAGGCCGCCCUCCGGCUGAGAAACUGUCACCCAAUCCCCCCAAACUUACAAAGCAGAUGAACGCGAUCAUAGACACGGUGAUCAACUACAAAGACAGGUAUAACGUGGAGAAGGUGCCCGGUAAUUCUCAGUUGGAAAUAGAAGGAAACAGUUCAGGGCGGCAGCUCAGCGAAGUCUUCAUCCAGUUACCUUCCAGGAAAGAACUUCCCGAAUACUACGAAUUAAUUAGGAAGCCCGUGGAUUUCAAAAAAAUAAAGGAACGAAUCCGUAACCACAAGUACCGGAGCCUGGGGGACCUGGAGAAGGACGUCAUGCUUCUCUGCCACAAUGCUCAGACCUUCAACUUGGAGGGCUCCCAGAUCUACGAAGAUUCCAUCGUGUUGCAGUCGGUGUUUAAAAGCGCCCGGCAGAAGAUCGCCAAGGAGGAGAGCGAGGAGGAGAGCAACCAGGAGGACGAGGAGGAAGAGGAGGAGGAGUCCGAAUCUGAGGCAAAAUCAGUUAAGGUGAAAAUCAAGCUCAACAAAAAAGAGGAGAAGGGCCGGGAUAAAGGCAAAAGCAAGAAGAGGCCAAAUCGAGGAAAAUCCAAACCCGUGGUGAGCGAUUUCGACAGUGACGAAGAACAGGACGAGAACGAACAGUCAGAAGCGACCGGAACAGAUGACGAGUGA